AUGGGCUUUGACUAUGCGCUUGUUCACCUCAAGUACACCAUCCCGCCCGCCGCGCUACUUACUCUGCUGUAUCGCCCGCUCUUCACCAAGCUCGAUGUCUACAAGAUCGCCUUCCUGGUAGCGAUCGCUGUUGUCGCUACCAUUCCCUGGGACUCGUAUCUCAUCCGCACCCGCAUCUGGAGUUACCCCAGCUACGUCAUUGUUGGUCCCACGCUGCUGGAGAUUCCCCUCGAGGAAGUCUUCUUCUUCGUCGUGCAAACAUACAACACCUCGCUCCUGUACCUCAUUCUCAGCAAACCCACCUUCCAGCCCGUCUAUCUGCAUGCCGGACCUGACGCGUCACGCGGACAAUGGCGGACCAAGAGACUCGCCGGUCAAACUCUCUUACUCGUGGCCAUUGCUUGGGGGUGGCGUUGCAUCAAAGAGGAAGGACCCGGUACUUAUGCCGGCCUGAUCAUCGUCUGGGCGGGGCCAUUUCUGCUGUUGUUAUGGAGCCUGGCGUAUCAGUUCAUCCUUGGCCUGCCCUGGACCAACACGGUAGUACCUAUCAUGCUUCCAACGCUUUACCUUUGGGUCGUCGACACCCUGGCUCUGCGUAGAGGAACGUGGGUCAUCACCGCAGGCACAAAAUACGGCGUGCACCUGUGGGACGGACUUGAGAUUGAAGAAGCCCUCUUCUUCUUCAUCACGAACACGCUCAUUGUAUUUGGCCAGCUGGCGUUUGAUAACGCCCUCGCUGUGCUAUACACCUUUCCCCACUUGUUCGCAACCCCCCCACGCCUACCCUCACCGGCACUUCUCAUGCGCGCUCUUCUCACUCCUUGCUCAAAGUAUGACGGUGCCCGCCUCACAGGCCUUAAGGAGGCCGUGCAUCGCUUGAAGCGGAAGAGCCGGAGCUUUUAUCUUGCAUCUUCUACCUUUCCAGCCCUCUUACGCGCCGACUUGCUCCUGCUCUAUUCCUUCUGUCGCGUCGCCGAUGACUUGGUGGACAAUGCUUCUACAGCUCGAGAAGCUCAGGAGUGGAUAACUAAGCUGCACAAGUUCCUAGACAAUGUGUAUAGCGAUACUGGGUCCAGCCUUGUCGUGUCUGAGCACGUUCGCAGCCAUUUCCCAGCUGACACACAGUCUGCCCUCCUACAACUUCCGGCUGCCAAGCUUUCUCCUCAGCCGUUACGAGACCUGCUGCACGGAUUUGAGAUGGACCUGGCGUUCAACACUGCGCCUCUGAUUGAGACCGACGAGGACCUGCGAUUAUACUCUGAACGGGUUGCCGGUACGGUGGCUCAAAUGUGCAUACAGCUCAUCUUCCAACUGUAUCCGACCAAUUUGCCAACGGAAGAGCAACGCAAGAUCGUGGCCGCGGGGAACCACAUGGGUGUCGCGCUACAAUACAUCAAUAUUGCACGGGACAUAUGCGUAGACGCCCAGAUUGGUCGUGUGUACCUUCCCUUGACGUGGCUUUCCGAAGUAGGUUUAAGUUACGACGCAGUAUUGAAGCACCCCGACCAUGUGCAAAUAGAGAGCUUGCGCAUGCGUUUGUUAGACAAGGCAUUUUCGCUUUAUGAAAAGGCCACGGGAGCAAUACAAAAACUACCGUCCGAAGCAAGGGGGCCAAUACGUGUCGCUGUGGAGAGUUAUAUGGAGAUCGGGAGGACGUUGAGAGAGGACGGCUACGUGGUGAAGGCAGGCCGGGCUACAGUGCCGAGAUGGAGGAGGGUCAUGGUUGCUUGGAGGACACUAAACAAGUAA